GUUAUCAUGUUACCCAGGACUGACCCUCCGGCAAACUCAAAACCUAGCAAACACUACACAGCACGAUUGCAACAAUGAGCCACGGACAUGCUGCUGGCCCUGGGGCCGAGGAUUGCCAAAUUUCUAUGCUAUGGAACUGGAACACAGUCGGCGCUUGCUUCCUCUCCGAGACCUGGUUCGUCCGUACUGAGGGCAUGAUGGUAGUUUCUUGCGUCGGCGCAAUGCUGCUUACUGCCACUCUGGAACUAUGCAGACGUGGUGGACGAGAGUUUGACAAUCUGCUCGCCUCGCAAAUUCGACAAAGCGUCUUGUCAACAGCGGUGGAAAGGUCCAAUCGUCGAGUGGUGACGAUGCGUGCUAGCCUUCUUCAGCAGUUUCUUCGAUCCUUGCUACACGCCAUCACCUUUGCGGUUGCAUACAUCGUCAUGUUACUUGCCAUGUAUUUCAACGGCUACAUCUUGAUCUCCAUCUUUCUGGGUGCGGGAUUGGGCAAGUUUUUGACUGAUUGGCUUGUGGUUCAAGUGGUCAUGGGUGAGGAUGCCAAGAUGGGUUGUACAGGGGCAACUGGUGUUCAGGAGACGACUGUUUGUUGCUCUUAGUGUUUUCUAUUGGCGACUAUACAAUCCUAGAGACGAUGAUGGACGUGUUGAUACUCUUUCCGACCUCUCCAUUCAUGUGGUAUGUCAACACGGGCCUAAGAACCUCCAACAAAGCAGGAGAUGUCAUUGUUGUAGGCUAUUCUGUUAGUGGAGUCGAAAAAGAGGUCACAAUGAUACUCACAGGAUAAAAUAGAGUCUUGACUGAAUGAGACCCUCUGACCAGCAUUACCGAACCAUUUCGCAUUCGUUUGGAAACUUGCACGAUAGCGCUCUCUUUUUCCUCGACAGUCACUCCAACUGUUGCGUUGAAAUAGACUGCAUCAAACGGUUGGAGGUUGGCAGGAAUAGCACAUGCAUCGCCCGCCUCGAAAGUCGUGUCUUCGCUGUACACACCCAGCGCAGAGACUGCUAGUCGUCCAAGCUCGCAUCUAUCUUCUAGAAGCUCAACAUUGUGCACUCGAACUCGUGUUUUGUUCUCUCUUGCCCAAUCCUGAAUCCAGACGCAAGUCUCCGGAAGUGCACCUGCGCCUAGGAUGGCCACGUUUGUUGGGUAUUGGCCCAAGACGGCUGUAAGGGCAUGCCAUUCUAAUGAGGCAGUGUGCUCGUAGAAGACAUGAAUGGGAAAUCGCAAGAGCUCAGCACGGGGGUCUGCACAAUCGAUUAUUUGGCGAGCAAAAAAUAUCUCGAAAGCGGCCUCGCAUUCACGAACAGCAGUCCUGGUAGCUGGAAUGAGAGCAGCAGUGUCUGGAUGGUUGAAGAAGCUUUGUUCACCCUGAGAAUCAAGCGUGGUGAACCCGAUAAACCCAUAGAGCUCAUUCCAUGGUGCGAUGGCUUGUGAAAUCUUGUCUGAAGUGUCUAGUGGGUAGAGAGCCGCAAGUUGGGCUGUGGCGAUACUGAGUUUGGUGGUGUAAUGCUCGAUUGCUGGUGUCAUGGUUGCUGUCGAUACC